GAUUGAAGCAGAGCUCAGUGCCGCCGCGCUUCACUCCAAACCGGAAUCCGUCGCGACGAUUCCCGCUUCCACAAGGGGAUUUAUCAAGUAAACCGUGGACAGCAGCGCGCAGAUAACACUUUUAAAAUCUUUUGGUUCGCUUUUAGCUUCCAGCGGUUCUACAAUAAUUACCUUUUCACCACCCCCAUUCGUCCGGGGUUUUUUUUUGUCCUGUUGAGCACUGCUUCGAAACUCUCACCGAGAAUAGAAAAUCUAACUUUUUUUUUUUUUUUUGCCAACACUGGAGGAUUAAAAAGAAACCGCUUUUGGACUUUUCGAGCUUCACCAUUUCAGAUACCCAGUACCAUGAGAUUCCAGGACAGAACUCCACAAUGGAUAAAAAUCAGAGGGAUGAUUGAGUGCAGCUGACGUUCACAACCAUGUGGGAAACCUAUUUGCGCAUUUUUUUUUUUUUUUUUCUGAAGCCCUUCUGCAGCUUUGUGUAAACCAUUAAGACCAAAUGAUGACUGAGACAUGAUUGGAUUCUAACUCUUUUUUGUGUGUGUGUUUUAAAGUUUUUUUUUUUUUUUUUUUUACUGAUUAUUUUAUAAGAAGCGGAUCAAGUAAAAAGACACUGCGUGUGAGCUGAAGAAAAUGGACUCGAAGCCCAUGUGUGAACAGGCAGACGGUGCAGCUCAUGGAAUAAUGUAACCCCACAGAUUUGAGGAGUCUGUUUCAGGACCGAGUCCAAACCCGUCCUGCUGACUGUCCCACUUGUCUAAAGGCAGCCUCCACUACUCAAUGGCAUGGACCAAGUUCUUCAAGAAGCGGGGCAACCUUGGGAAAUCUUACCAACCAGGGAGCAUGCUGUCUCUGGCCCCAACCAAAGGACUGUUAAACGAACCAGGCCAGAACAGUUGCUUCCUCAACAGUGCUGUGCAGGUACUAUGGCACUUGGACAUUUUCAGGCGAAGCUUGAGGCAGCUACCUGGGCAUUUCUGCCAAGGAGAUUCCUGCAUUUUUUGUGAACUGAAGGGAAUUUUCUCCCAGUUCCAGCACAGUCGGGAGCGAGCCCUGCCUUCUGACAACCUGCGUCACGCCUUGGCGGAGACCUUUAAGGACGAGCAGCGCUUCCAGCUGGGCUUCAUGGACGAUGCUGCUGAGUGCUUUGAGAACAUACUUGAGAGGAUCCACCUUCACAUUGUGUCCGAGGAGACUGAUGCCUGCACUUCAAAGAUGUGCAUCACGCACCAGAAGUUUGCCAUGUCAUUGUAUGAGCAGUCUGUGUGCCGUAGCUGCGGGGCCUCUUCUGACCCACUGCCGUUUACGGAGCUGGUGCAUUAUGUCUCUACCACCGCACUCUGUCAACAAACACAUCAGCACAAAGAUGAGUCUUUUGGGGAGCUCUUACAAGCAGCAAGUGCCAUUGGGGACCUGCGGAACUGUCCAAGCAACUGUGGCCAGAAGAUCAGGAUCAGACGGGUCCUUAUGAACUCCCCACAGAUUGUUACCAUCGGUUUUGUCUGGGACUCGGACCAGUCAGACCUGAUUGAGGAUGUUACCCGGUCACUGGGACCCCUUCUCAGCCUCUCUGGGCUUUUCUACAGGGUGACAGACGAGCACGCCAAAAAGGGAGAGCUGCUGCUCGUGGGGAUGAUCUGCUACACCAGCCGCCACUAUUGUGCCUUCGCCUUCCACACCAAGUCCGCAAAGUGGGUCUUCUUUGAUGACGCCACAGUGAAAGAGAUUGGCUCCAAAUGGAAAGAUGUGGUCUCCAAAUGUAUCAAAAGUCAAUUCCAGCCGCUUCUCCUCUUUUACGCCAAUCCAGAGGGGAGUGCAAUCAUUACAGAUGACACCUCGCGACACAGCAGCGGCCGUUCAAACCACAAGAACCCUGUUAAUGGUGAAGUGCCAGUUGAGUCUCCAGUUUCAGUCUUGAAAAAUCUGGAACUCAAAAAAGAGAACCUCAGCACUCUGUUAGGCCAAGGCUCUUUCAAACGGAAGACGCCGUCAACCUUGAGCAGGAGCAGCGGACAGAGCAGCAGUGGGCGAGUACCAGACCGAUUCAGCACCGCUGAUCCCAAGAGUCACCUCAGAAUGAUUUCAAGAGAAGUUGCACAGAAAGCAGUAGAUUUGCGAGGGAUGAUUCCAGCCAGAAGAGAACUUGACCGAAGUGGCCAGCGGAGGCCCGAGCUGCACAGCAGAGAUCCAGGAUACGACAGGACCUACUCCCGUUCUGUGUCCCCUCCAGAGAACGGCUUCAAGCAGUACCUGGAUACUCGGCUCUACAGCAGUCAAGGAAAAGGCCCCACACGGACUGAGCGACUGCCACACCUUAGCGGGCGGACUUCCCAUGAUGGCUCUCACUCACACUCAAGGGUUCAAGUGCUACCCAGUGUUCCUAGUAACACCGGUGGCCAUCACAGCCGAAGGCUAGACCAGGUCUCCAAUGGGUAUGAUACAGACAGCAGCCAAGAGUCCAGAGAGCGCUCUGGAAGUGUAACGAGCUGCCGCAACAGAUCAAAUCGUCCAUGGAAGCCAAUGCGAGAAGCAUUAAAUGUAGACAGUGUUAUAAGUGGCAGGAUCGGCGGGAAUCCAGUAAGUCGGGAACAAAGACAUCCUAGUAGUCAGUCACCCCCUCGUGAACGACAUGGAGACAGGGACCUUUUGAGAGAAGACUGGGAAGAACGCAAACCAAAGAGCCUCAUGACCAUCUAUGAAGAUGAGCUGAGGCACGAAAUUGGUGGCAGCCGGAGCUCUCUGGAGUCAGACUCUCGGGGCGGAUACGGUGACAAAGACCGCUCAGAAGGUUCAGCGGCGCUUAAAAUCUGCAAUGACAAGUGGAAGAUACAGCGGACUGAAUCUGGAUACAAAAGUAGCGACAGAAUAAGUAACGGGUCUGCAAAUCUGGACUCUCCUGUUGUCGAGAACCUUUCCUACAAGGACCUGCAGCCAAUACCCGAGCUGCAUCUGGCCAGGGAUUAUGUCCCUCCAAAAAGAAAUGAUUUGAAGAGUGACACAUUGUACUCCACCAGCAGUGAACUUGCAAGAAAGUCCACAGAUCUGCAAGACUUGAGACCAAACAUCCUGUCCGGUCAACCCCUACAAAGAAAAAGGGCUUUCAGAUACACUCCUGGGAUCUUGGAGAGGAUCAGUGGCCGAGACAGCGAUCAAGAGGAAAAUGUGGACAGCCCUGUGAGCCCCAGGCCUCCUUACUUGUCAAAGACCAGCAGCUCUGAGUGGAACAGCUCAGACGACCUUGCUGGUCCCUUUUCUGAACAAGAAGAUGCAAGUACUGUUCCCCAUGAUGACACGUUCUCGCACAAUUAUCCCCCACGUUUACCCCCCAAGACCUAUCUCAACAGUCCGACUGCCUCAUCCAACACCCACUCCCAACAGCCGGACACAUACAGUGAACCGAGAAGUGGUUUGUCCUCCUGGUCUCGCACCACCCUUCGUAGGUGGAUUGAGACCCCCGCUGAGCACAGGCUUUCAUCAGAUGCCAGCUCUAAGUCAGGGUCAUCAGACCAGGAGAGAAACGAUCUCUCAGCCAGUGAGAGUGACGAGAGGUUACCCAGUCCAAACCCUUUAAACAUUGAUGGGAUGGACUCCUCUGCUCAGACAGAUCGGGUUCUUCCCACCACUUACUUUUCAGUGGAUAACUGUAUGACGGACACCUACCGGGCCAAAUACCACAAAAGGCCCGGCGCGUACGUGAUGCCCGACAUGAAAGUGGAGGACAAUUCUUCAUCAGGAGAGAGUGAUGUCGAAGAGACCUCGGUACCAGAUGUUUCGUCUCCAGAGCCUUCCAAAAACACAACUGAGACAGGCUAUUCCACCACUAAGACGGUUGCAAAAUGGAACCCAGUUACUCCAAAAGGACUUGACGAACAUGGUUUCCUUUGAUUUUUCGAGAAGAAACCUCAUGUGACCCAAGAAGUGGAUGCUAGCAUCAGCUGUAAUGCACUAGGAUCGCUCCAGUUUGACUCCUGCAGUGACGCUUACAGUGUCAGAAUUGUUGAGAUAAUGAGUCUUAAUGCCAAAGAGACUUCUCCAGCUGUGAAUCGCUGCGGUAACGCAGACAAACGUGGCCCGAUAGCAGUAGCACCGUGGUGACAUAGGCGCUAAAGAGUGACAGAGUCUUAUAGAUUUUGAACCGAGUUUGAAUUUGCACCAGAUAGAAGGGCACUUGAUGCUGUUUGUUGACUCCAUGUUUUGGACUUCAAAUGUGGUUCAACUACUGAGGAAUGCGUCACAAAACGCCACUUUACCCAUGAGAGAUUAAGAUUCGCUGUAUGGAUCUUUGUUCAAGCAGUCUUACUGGAAUUUCCAUAUGUGGAGUGUGCUGCUAUUUAACAACUGAUGGGAACGUGUUGAAGAAAACGAAGAUCGUGCUAGCAUAUACAGACGCGCUAACCGCAAUUUCAUUAAUAUGGCUUGGCAGCAGCCUCGCAUGUCGGCAUAACGACAUCCAGAGUAGACUGUUUUCCGUUCCGUAAAGCCGGCAAUUCCUGGAAAACCUUUAUCGUUGGUUCCAUUUAUCCCCCUUUCCAUUAUGUUGAGCUGUUUUUCACAUAAUGUAACUUUUAAGCAGAAAUAGUUUCCAGUAGUAUUCAGAAAAAUUCAAUCAAUCAAUUUUAUUUAUAUAGCGCCAAAUCACAACAAACAGUUGCCCCAAGGUGCUUUAUAUUGUAAGGCAAGGCCAUACAAUAAUUACGUAAAAAUCCCAACGGUCAAAACGAC